AUGAAAAAUGAUUUAGGAUCAAGUUUGUUAAUUAAACAUCAGGAUCAAUUAAUAGGACGAACAAACUUCGAAGCAAUGGAUAGCCCAAUGGAUUCAAAGGUUCAAAACGAUAAGCAGGUUGAAGAUUUUAACAAAUUGAAUUCGGAUUUUAGUGAAAGAAUCAAAGAUAUUAACGGCAAUGCACAAGAAACAAAGGUAAAAGUACGUAAAGAAGUUGAAUCUGAUAAUAAGGAAUUGAAUGAAAACAAUAAACGUAUAACUGUAUACCAGGGAAGUAGUGAGAAAAUACUUCAAUAG